AUGCAAGUCGAAAAGAAGCUUGGAUGGAUUGUAACCGCGAUCUUCAUCGUCGCUGAUAUGGUCGGCGGUGGUGUAGUUGCUAUGCCAGUUGCCUUUAAACAAUCGGGUCUUGUUGGAGGAAUUAUCUUUAUGAUAGUUAUUGCAACUAUCUUCGAAUAUACGGGUUACCAACUGGGUAAAGUCUGGUGUAAAAUGAUGGAGAGGUAUCCGCACUUGGGAAUAUGCCGAAAACCAUUUCCAGAAAUGGCGAAAAAGACUAUGGGGCCUGGAAUGCAGAGUUUCACUUCAGUGAUGGGAAACGUAACUCUGUUCGGUAUAGCUGUCGUCUAUCUCCUGCUUUCAGCUAAUAUUAUUCACUAUUUCAUCGGACGUUUCACUUCAAUCCCUGCUAGCAUGUGUGUGGUCAUAGUCAUUCUAGCAGCUCUUAUCCUUCCCUUCACUUAUCUCGGAAGCCCAGGAGAUUUUUGGGGUGUGAUCGUGCUUGCUAUGGCUACAACGGUCGUAUCAGUGCUGUCUAUCCUGACUGGUAUUGCAAUUGAUGCGCCUGCGUGUUACCCUGAAGUUGCAUAUCCUGAACAAACACCGGGUUCAAUGAUAUUAUCACUUGGUAUCUUCCUAUUCGCAUUCUCUGGACACUACGUUUUCCCAACGAUACAACAUGAUAUGAAAAAUCCUCGUGAUUUUACGAAAAGUGUUUUUGCCGGUUUCUUCCUUGUUGUCAUGCUCUACAUGCCUCUCUCUGUACUUGGUUACGUCGUAUACGGAGCAGCGCUGGAAAGCUCAGUUAUCUAUUCGGUACAGACAAGCUUUCUACAGCUCGGUGCCAACUUGAUGAUUGCUGUACAUUGUAUCAUGACCUUGGUAAUUGUUAUCAAUCCUCUGAAUCAAGAAGUGGAGCAUUAUCUCAAAGUUUCCCAUAGUUUCGGAUCUGGGCGAGUUCUCACGCGUACGACUGUUCUUUUGUUUGUUUUGUUUGUUGCACUGUCAGUGCCA